ACUUGUUCUCAACUAGCCUACCUGGUUAAAUAAAGGUGAAAUAAAUAAAAUUAAGGAUGUCCCAAUUCCAGGUUACAUAUACUGCCUUUACAGAGUAUGUUUUUAAAUGGCAUAGAAAUAAGGGGUAAAGGUAGAUAAAAAAAAAUGUACUUGCAUAAACCAAAUUGUUUGACAAACUCAAAGGAUGAGGUUGGUUUUUGUCAAAGCAUCCCAUAAAUAAAGCAACCGUAAGCAUUGGUCACCUGCUGCUCAACUGUGACCUAGUCCUUCUUGGGAAUCAACAGCCAGAACUGAUUCCUUUAACAAGACAGUAGGGGGGGAUUGAUUUAUACAGGUAGCACGCUGGUGUCACCGGUUAAUUAAUAAACGAGCACAAAUCCAAUAGCAUCUCAUGACAACAAAUCGACGGAAUGUAAAAGUAUAACAUGUUUUGAUCAUGUCGCCGUUCUGAAAUGAGAGACACAGACAGAUAAAAUCACUAAUUGACUUCAUUCAAUAUUAGCCGGUGACAACGUUCAAUUAGAAACGUUAUCAAACACGUUGCAACAAUGUUCCAAUGUAACCCAUAAUAUCAACACAACAUACCUUCAAUGUAGGGCGGGAUUUUGUUUUUUAGUAUCCUCCAAUCACAAUACGUAUUUUUCUGCCGUAAGCGAUACAGACGUGAAUAUCAUCCAAUGAAAUGUGUCGACGCGAUACGUUAGGUUGGACGGUGGCGUCGUCGCUGUAGCUACGCGCUAGGCAAGACGAGCAGUAUGGCGGAAGAAGAGAUUGAAUUUGAGUUAAAAGGUUUUAAAAAAGAAUUGGAGAGUUUAUUUGUCACUAACUCAAGUGAAGAAUACGGACUUCAAAGCAAGUUAUAUUGUGUACGGUUCUGUAAGUUGGUGGAGGUGUAUUCAGGACGAUGGCAGGUACCCUUGCCACAGCUCCAGGUGCUCCAGACAGCUCUAUGUUCCUUUGUCCAAGCCUCGGCCUGCUUCCCGUCUGACUGUGAACAUGUAUGCUACACACUGAGUAGCCUUGCCCUGAGUGCUUUUGAGCUGUUGCUGUUUUUGAACAGGAAUAAGAUCCUGCAGGAUCCCUUGAAAAAUAUCCUGGAUUCGUUCCAGGAAUGUUUUUCCCAGCUGGAGAGGCACCAGAACAUCCACCUGCUGCAGGUGGGACAGAUCAUCAGAGAGAAGGGACCGUGGACCAACCCCAUACUACAGGCCAUCCUGAAGCACUCACAACUGCCCCGGGAUGAAGUGGACCGGUACCUAGGCUCAGAGGUGCCAGUGUUCUUUGAGCUUCGUGUUCGUUACCUGCUGUCCAGUGAGAUGUUCACCGAGGCUGUGGUCUUGGCUAAGACCUGCUCUCAGCACCCUGUUGCCGGACGACACCUGUUCUUCCGACAGGCCUACCUCACCUGUCUCUUGAAGGCAUCGCUCCCUCACCAUAUGCACGAAGAGAUGUCUGACAUCGACGGUAAGGAUGCUGUGGAUAUCGUGUGUAACACGGAGAGUGAGGAGAGCGACGAGACUCUUCUGUCCCUCUGCACAGCCUUCCUCUCUCAGCAACUACACAGAGGAGAUAUGUUCUUCACGUGGGACUUGGUGUUUAUAUGGAGUCGACUCCGUCUGCGGAUCAACCCGUCCAAACAGGCCUUCCUGGAAGAGAGUCAUCGAUUGAUGCUGUCCGCCACCAACAUCAGAUCAAUAUUCUCUUUCAUUAGAGUGAUCCUUGCAGAGCUGGGAAAAGAUGGUCUUCAGUUCUGUGUGGAGCUCUGCACCCACGCCCUCCAGACAAACCCCUGCGACGCCUCCACCAAGUCCCUCAUCUACAAGACGGUAGCCUACCUCCUCCCCAACGACCUGGAGGUCUGCCGGGCCUGCGCCCUCCUCGUCUUCUUCCUGGAGCGUACCGUGGAAGCCUACAAAACGGUGUUCCUCCUCUACACGCACCCCGACCAGGAGUACCACGUCGAAGCCGGUCCCAUCGGGAACCACAUCCGCUUUGAGAUCCUCCAGACCCUGAAGAGAGGUCUCUACUUCGACCCAGAGUUCUGGAACCUUUUGAAUCUCCGGACCAACUGCCUGAAGUUGAUGAGCGAGAAGAAGGCGGCGUUGGCAAAGAUGAUGAUGAUGGAGGAGGAGGAGGAUGAUGGGUGGGUGUCCAACUACUGCAGCACCGACACCAAAGAGCCCUGUUGCAGCUGGAGCGCUGACCUGUCAGAGUGUGUGCAGCCUGAACCAGCACAGAAACACGUUCAGAUGAAACCCUUUCACCGGGUAACGGCGCCCAAAAGGCGGUUCCAAAAAGAACAGAAGAAUCACGUUUCGACGGCGCCGAUGGCAGCCAAACGUGUCAAAGGUCAAAGGUUCGAAAAGACCUCUAUUGUCGAGCCGCAGCAGCUGCCUGUUAAUCAUGUGAUGGCGAAAGCGAAGAUGGAGAAGCCGACUGAACCCCCUGUUGUUGAGGAACAACCUGUAAUAAAAAGAAGAGGGAGGAAGCCUGGGCCGAAGCCGGCACCGCGUUCAUCUGUCAAAACAACAGAGUCCUCAGCUGAGACCUCCUCUGUCAGACGGUCCUUCAGACAACUGGACAUGGCGCAGGAGAACCUGGCCAGGCAAGUCAGUCACAGACCACAUAGGCACAUGACCAGACUCUCGGAGAAGAAACCUCCCAAACGGAGGGGUAGGAAACCCCGUUGGCUACUGGAGGGUACGUUCCAGGCUGAGAACAGUGCUCCCCGGAAGGGUCGCCAACCAGGGAGGAAACCUCCACAGCAGAAGACCCAGCAGACACCAGUGGAUAAGACCAAUAAGACCUUUAAGUCUGGUGCCGCUGUCAAGGAAAGCACAACCAAACAAAAGAAUGCCGUUACCUCACAAAAUAAAAUGGCGUCCGCUCGUCUAACAGCUCCGAGGGAACAGGAAGGUAAACGUCAGAAGGAGAUUCCUGCUACUAACCACCUACCAGCAGUAUCUCCUGCUCAUGACUCAAAGCUGGAGGUUUCCUUACCUGACAACGAAGUGUUUGGGUUCUUCCAUGAGGAUUAUCUCAGUAGUAGGCAAGGACUGGUGACUCUAAACUGUGAUAAAUCGAAGGCACCAAUCCAGGCACAGUAUCGGGUGAAGGAUAGACUCGGAGAGGCGUUUAUCCUUUCCGCUCAGAACGCCAGUCUCUUCAUACAGCAGUUGCACAACUACGCCCAGACGCCUAAGGCGGAAGGUGUCACGUUGAAUACCGAAACCUGUUUGUUGAAAGCGACAGAUGUCCGUCCCUCCUUAAACCAAAGUUGUCUGCCGGUGUCGUGUGAUGCUUCGGGGGUAUUUUACCAGACGUCUGCAGUGGAAAUGGAAGUUGAGGUCUCCUCACAAACUGUCACGGCAACUGCCACUGAUAUGACUUUCACACCACGAGGUGGAGCUGUUGAACACAUCGAAAGUCCCAAGAAUGAGGAAGGAUUCUCUACUGAUGCUCAGGAAACAUGUACUCCAUCUGUUCCCUCAGUGAAUGUCAUUGUUCCUAAUAACACAGGAAGAAGAACAGAUACAAAUGUAACUAAUGUCCCAAGAGAACCAACGGAAGUUACGAAUAUUCCGAAAAAGCAAACCGUUUCUGAAGUCGGGGAUAUUUUAGAAUCGUCCAGGAAGUCAGAAGUUACUGAUAUUCUGAAAGAGGCUAUGGAUAUAGCAAACAUUGGUGUGGAUGAAGCAAUGAUGGGUGACGGUGACACUGGCUGCGUCCCUGGAAAGGAAACUCGGGAGCUUGUUGUUCUUACUCCUUUCUGCUGGUUGGCUAAUACCUCAAUGGAAGCGUUUGCCAGAGAGUUUGAAAAGUUUGCCAAGGGUCCGGAUUCUGAUGUUGUCGUAAAAAAGGAGUCGGUGACGCACCAGACCACAGAUAAUGUCUCGCACAAAACGUUGGAGACGACACCGUCAACGUCUCCAAAAGUCAUCCCUAAGGCCGUCGCAGACCCGGUGGUCCUUGAGGAUACUUCAGAAGUAACCAAAGUCGCCCCACAGGACACUACAGACAUCCUGGAAAACAUGGACACUCCACACACUCAACAGGACACCCAACUGGACAUUAAGGGUACCUCACAAAACACUGAGCCGGAGGAUAGCCCAAUGGCCGCUGAGAGCGUCCCACAGCUCACUGAUGAGACCCGGCAGCUUGAGCACCCCCUGAAAGGCACUGUGGGUACUCCAGAGGUGCCUGUGGACUCGACACAGGACAAUGACACCCCUCAGAUCACCGAAUACCCCCCACAGAAUAGGCAGGACAUAGGACAACUCACAGAGGACACCCUGAAAGUCACUUUCACUGAAGUCACCCCACAGGCUACUGAGGACCAGACAAAAUCCACUGUGGAUACUCCAGAGGAUGUGGACACACUACCACAGAACACAGAGGAGGACAGCUCGGAGGUAAUUGAGGAUGCCCAGGAAGUCACUGUAGACAGCCAGGAAGUCACUGUAGACAGCCAGGAAGUCACUGUAGAUACCUCCGAGCACAUUGAGGACGCCCUACAAAUACAAAACACUGCAGACACCCUACAGCUCACAGUGGACGCCUCAAUGGUCGCUGAAGAGCUCACCAAGGACACACGUGAUGCCACACAGAACAAUGGGGACACGCCACACCUCCAUGAGGACACCCUACAGGACACACCGGUCACUGAGGACACCCCAAGAGUCCCUGAAGAGACGUCACAGGAACCCAAAGACACCUCAAAGGUCAGCGGAGAUACCCCGAUGAUUACUGAAGACACCCUACAACACAGUGAAGACACCCCACAGGACACACAGUACAAUUCACUGGUCACCCCGAAAGUCACUGAAAGUGCUCACACUCCAAAGGUCACCCCAAGAGUCCCUGAAGAAACGUCACAGGACCCCAAAGAUGCCUCAAAAGUCAUUGAAAACUCUCCACAGGAAACACAGGACACCCCAACUGUCUCUGGGGAUAUCGGACAACAUCCUAGAGGUGGCACCCCACAGGAGAAUGAGAAAAACCCACUGGCAUAUCGCUGUAGUCUCUGCAACAAGGUUUUUAAAGGCAAACGUGUUAUAGCCCACGCCAUGUACCACUUCCGCAGAGACCAAUGUAUGUUCUGUAGGAUGCUGUUCAAAAACGACCUGCUCGCCAUGAUGCACCUGUCCCAACACAUCGACAAGUUGAAAAAAGGAAACCUAGCGUCUGAUAUUGAGGAGGUCCGCGAGAACUGUAAAGCUGGGAUGUCAGACACGCCUGGACGCUCAACGCAGAGGGGUAGACGGGGACGCAAGAGGAUCCCUGUAAAUUCCACAGAGUCCGCAGAGUCGUCAACUCCGGAUAACAGGAAGCUACGGUCGACCAAUAGGACCUCCUCUAUAAACUCCUCGGAGUCAACUCCACCGGAUCGCCGGAAGCUACGGUCGACCAAUAGGCUCUCGACUGACUCUCAACCUUCACCGGAGACUAAACUCACAACAGAAGAGUCUGAAGGCAAGCAGUCGACACAGAGGGGCAGAAGACGGUUUAAGGUUGAAGGAACUGAGGGUGAUGGUGAUACUCAGGCAGAGGAACAAGAGAAGAUCGGUAGGAGGCAAGAGGAAGAGCACUCGGCUCCGGAACAGAGGGAGGAACCCGUGGAGAUCGCUACUUCUCCGGUGAAGACAUCGACAGGUGAACAAGGAGGAACCUACUCCUCUCCUCUGACAAAGACUUUGGAAGAAGAGGAGAAACCCUGCACCUCGGCAAAGACCAUGGAGGACAACACAGAAUCUCAGGCUGUAUCGGUAACACAGGACAGGCUUUCAGUAGAGAGACCUCUAGAGAUCUCAGUUCAGGGUAAAGAGACUCCCGGCGGAUGCCCUGUGGAGGGAUGCACAGAGAUAUUCACUGGAAAACGGCGUUCUCUCCUCGGACAUAUUCUGGACGAUCACCGCGGCGACGCCAAACCCUUGGAAACGACGUUCCGUCAAGGCAAUGGCAAAUGCAAUAUUUGCAAGAAGCCCGUUUUGACUUUGCAGCAUUACCAGCACCACAUUGUAUGGCACAAAGGAAUUCCCAGGCAUCCCUGUCUACAUGAUGGGUGUAAAGCCCGGUUCAGUGCAGCGACAGAAAUGAGGAACCACACCAAGACUCACCAGCCGCUCCUGGCAGUGUGCUGCUUCCCAGGUUGUCAGGAGCGCUUGGCUUGUCUUCCGGAGCUUAACCGUCACGAACAAGAACACUAUCGUCUUCCAAAGGAAGGGAAGGAUGAAUCCGUUUUCUCUACCCUUCUCACCAAUAACACCUCUGUAAAAGUGAUUAAACGGUGUAAGGUGAGGAGGAAUAAGCUACAGAAGAUGCAGGGUGUAAAGAGACUAUGGCCUCUUAGAGAAAAGGAGGGAUCGGCAACUGACCUCACUACUACUACUACUGUAAAGGUAACUAGGAAGUAUGACUUGACCAAGACGUUAAAGAAAACGCAGGUCGUAAAGAACGGCAUGUUCCCAGGGACAAGGAUCCCUGUACUACUGACCGCUCUAACGUCUCUGUAA